CGCACUUUUGCUAUUUCUGUUCCAAGAUGGCGUCUGCUAUUUUGCGUUGUUGUUGUUUUUAUCAUUCUGUGUGCGACUAACCGAUGUUCUGUUAGCCCUAACGACCCCAGACAUGGAAAGCAAAGCUACGCUAUAUGGAGCGUUACAGCAACGCAUCUAUGGUGAAAUUUCUCCCGGCGUUGUGUUCAAACGAGCUCGAGGCAGUAAAUAUUUAAUACAGUGUCUCAAGAGAAGUGGAACCUUGUCUGGCCACGAUGGAUGCGUAAACACUAUUGCCUGGAGUGAAUGUGGUGAAUUACUGCUGUCUGGCUCAGAUGAUUGCAGGCUCAAUAUUUAUCGGCCCUGUGAAAAUAAGUUGGUUCAGUGUAUCAGAUCAGGCCACCGUGCUAACAUCUUCAGUGCAAAGUUCAUGCCCUGCUCUAAUAAUAAAUGGAUUGUGUCCUGUGCUGGUGAUGGUAUGCUGCAGUUUACAAACCUUGACAGGCCUGAAAUGAUAGGAACAUGUUUCUAUAAUUGCCACACAGGAACCACUUAUGAGGUCAUCACUACACCAGGUGAUAGCAACACUUUCCUGUCUUGUGGUGAAGACGGCACGGUGCGCAUGUUUGAUAUAAGGACCAAGCAGAAGUGUGCAAAGCGAGACUGCAGGGAGGAUGUUUUGAUUGACUGCGCAAAGGCCAUCACCUCUAUCAGCAUCAAUCCCCAGGCCCCCUACCAACUGGCCGUAGGUUGUGAGAACAGUACAGUCCGGGUGUUUGAUCGGCGCUCCCUCAGCACUGCCAACCAUAGCAGCGCGGCCAACAAAAUGAGAGGAAUGGUGUGCAAAUUCCGCCCAGAUGCACUAAGCGAGCGCACGUGUAGGGUGACGUCUCUUAGUUUUAGCGAUGAUGGCGGCGAGCUUCUCGUGAGUUAUUGCGCAGACUACCUUUACCUUUUCAACAUGCGGGGACCGAAAUCCUCCCCGCUCACCCCUGGCUCCAACGGUGAGAACGACCACUCCUCCUCCUCGCCCCAGCGCUCCAACCUUCCACUCAAGAGACUACGCUUGAGAGGGGACUGGAGCGACACAGGCCCCAACGCACGACCUGAAAGUGAGGCGACCUCAACAGAAAGCAACCUAAUGCAGCGCAUGUCUGAUAUGUUUGUCCGCUGGAUUGAAGAGUCGUUUCGCGCAAAUCAAAGGGGACGUGGUCGUCCGGUGACGUCAUCGGUGACAUCAUCAUCGUCCGCAUCACCUGACUCUCUGCACGUGUACACCUCAUCUGAGGGUAGCGGCGGAACUGCUGUGCCAGAGGGUGCACAGGGGUCUCGGAGAGGUGCUAGUAGCGGGAUGGGCGUGGUGGAGGAGGAGGGGGUGGGCAUGCGGGCCAGCAGGACUCACGGUCAGAGUACCGAUGAGACUUCUGCAAUGGAAUGCACCCCAGAACGCACGGAUACAGAUUUGCCCCAGGCUGAUUCAACUGCCCGCCCCAUGUCGAGCAGCAACUCCCAAAACGACGAACCAAUGGACCUGGACACUUCCGGUCAUAGACCCACUCAAGAGGAAGCCACUUCCGGUCAGCUACCCACUCCUGACGAAGCUACUUCCGGCGGAAGUGAUCAUAAAAUGACAUUUGUUUGUUUCCGGGAAGCGUAUAGGGGCGAAUUGGAUUACGAAGACGGUAAUUUGGUGGACGGUACUUCUGAUGCGAUAGGGGGACUGGGCGUGUCUGAUAGGGGACAGGGCGUGUCUUGUGGUAGGGGUCCAGGAGUGCAAAGGCAGGGUUCGCCUCAUGAUGUUGACGAUGCGAAAGACAUGUCUUCUAAAACUAAAGAGAUGGACCUAAAGGAUGCGGAGCCUUUGGAAUUGCCGGAUUGUACGGUGGCGACAUUUGAGCGCCGUGUGGGUGAGACGAAAAAGAGCGUUAACGGCGGGGGUGUAGAGGGACAGUCAAGUGCAGAGGAUCAAGAUAGAGCCAGGUCGUCACGGGAGGUACAGACCACGGGAGAGGCCACGCCCAGCUCUAGUAGCAGCAUGGACCAGGGGUCUAGUGAAGGUCCCGCGGGAUACGCACGGGGCUUCGCUGCCACACGAAUUCAAAGGAUGUACCGAGAGCACCGAAACGCAAAGGCGGAAAAAGAGACCUGGGAACAGGAGUGGGAACGAGGCGGAGUGAACCAAGAUCGGGAACUUUGGCGACCGGAAAUGACUCGUGUGUACAAAGGACAUCGGAACGCCCGCACUAUGAUCAAAGAGGCGGCAUUUUGGGGCGACCGCUUCGUGGUUAGCGGCAGUGACUGCGGGCGCAUCUUUAUAUGGGACAAGAAUACGUGCGAGAUCGUGGUGGUGUUACAAGGGGACAAGCAUGUCGUUAACUGCAUACAGCCACACCCUUUUGAUCCCAUCCUGGCAUCCAGUGGAAUCGAUUAUGAUAUCAAGCUCUGGUCACCGUCACUAGAGUACCCUCAGCCACUUGGUGAACUAGACGAGAUCAUCAAACGCAACGAGAAGAUGCUGGAGGAGAGUCGAGACACGAUCACAGUACCAGCGUCCUUCAUGCUGCGCAUGCUCGCAUCUCUCAACCACGCACGCUUUGAUACUGUAUUUGUAGCGCGGCGAAGUCAAGAUGGCUCCGACUCAGAUACGAGUGAGGAUGACUGAUUUAUCUAAUUAUCGAAUUAGGCAGACAUGAGCAAUAGUAGAACAGAUACCCUGCUGUUCCGACAGGGGACCAACAUUGGUGCUAGCAAUAGUCGAACAAGAUACCCUGCUGUUCCGACAGGGGACCAACAUUGGUGCUAGCAAUAGUCGAACAAGAUACCCUGCUGUUCCGAAAUGGGACCAACAUUGGUGCUAGCAAUAGUAGAACAGAUACCCUGCUGUUCCGACAGGGGACAAACAUUGGUGCUAGCAAUAGUCGAACAAGAUACCCUGCUGUUCCGACAGGGGACAAACAUUGGUGCUAGCAAUAGUCGAACAAGAUACCCUGCUGUUCCGAAAUUGGACCAACAUUGGUGCUAGCAAUAGUCCAACAGAUACCCUGCUGUACCGCUAAAGUACGAUUGUCGCCGAUAUAGUUACGAGCGAAACCUUCAUAGGCCAAGCCGACAGAAGUAUGGGAUCCGCAUCUUUGCAAAUGAAACCAAUGCACAUUUGGCCAGACCACGGGCAAACCAGACGAAAUGUUCGUGUAUCGAAUAUUAUCUUUAAUUUGUUUACCGAAUAUAUCUGUAAUAAAGCCAGUUUCUUGAA